GGCCCUAGGGCAUAGGGUAAUGGGUUGUGGACCUGAGAGAGUGUGUGCUUACACAUCUGCGUUUCCUCUUAGACUGCCACGUGCUGGAGAGCUGGGACUGCCUUAUUCACGCGUAGCCCCGAUUCUUGGCACAUAACAGAAAUUCAGUCAACAUUUGGUGAAAGAAUGAACUACGUUAGAAAAUAGCAGUUAGGCGAAGGGAAACAGACCUGACCCUGGGAGCAGCACCUUAUUUGUUUCCCGAAACACAGACAACACAGGUUGCCUUCGGUUUACAAGACGCUGAAUUGGUUUACUUCUGGGACAUUUAAAAAUAUUCAGUGUAGGCUCCCUCGAGUAACUUGGCUCCGGGGGUUCCGCUCGCCUGCCCGCAAGCUGCCCGCAGCUCAGCCCCACGCCCGCUGGCCUCCGCCGCAGCCGACCCCUCCCAACAGCCCUCGCUGCGCAGGCCGGGACGCCUCUCCCCCCUCUGCCCCCGCCGCGGAAAGUUAAGUUUGAAGAGGGGGGAAGAGGGAAACAUGGACAUGAAGAAGAGGGUGCACCUGGAACUGAGGAACCGGACCCCGGCCGCUGUUCGAGAACUUGUCCUGGACAAUUGCAAAUCAGAUGAUGGGAAAAUUGAGGACUUAACAGAUGAAUUUGUGAACUUAGAGUUCCUCAGUUUAGUAAAUGUAGGCUUGAUUUCAGUUUCAAAUCUCCCCAAACGACCAAAAUGGAAAAAGCUGGAGCUCAGUGACAAUAGAAUCUCUGGAUGUCUGGACAUGUUGGCAGAAAAACUUCCAAAUCUCACACAUCUAAAUUCAAGUGGAAAUAAACUGAAAGAUAUCAGUACCUGGGAACCUUUGAAAAAGUUGGAAUGUCUGAAAAGCCUGGAUCUUUUGAACUGUGAGGUUACUAACCUGAAUGACUACCGAGAGAGUGUCUUCAAGCUCUUGCCCCAGCUGACUUACCUGGAUGGCUAUGACCGAGAGGAUCGAGAAGCUCCUGACUCAGAUGCUGAGGUGGACGGUGUGGAUGAAGAAGAGGAUGAUGAAGAAGGAGAAGAUGAGGAGGACGAGGAGGAUGAGGAUGGUGAGGAAGAAGAAUUUGAUGAUGAAGAGGAUGAAGACGAAGAUGUAGAAGGAGAAGAGGAUGAAGAUGAAGUCAGUGGGGAGGAGGAAGAAUUUGGAGAUGAUGGAGAAGUUGAUGAAGAUGAAGACAAUGAGGAUGAGGAUGAGGAUGAAGAGGAGGAAGAAUGCGGGAAAGGUGAAAAGAGGAAGAGAGAAAUAGAUGAUGAAGGAGAAGAUGAUUAAGAACCCAAAUCUGCAAAAAAAAGAACUGUUCAGUAUUGGUUGGAAUGCUCAUCAUAUGGAUUUGGUAGCUGUUU